AUGGAGUACAGUGAGGAGGAGCGUCCCAAUUCUUUGGAAAGUGAUUCAACACCAACAGCUUCCACAUCAGAAGUAACGGGCUCACAAGGUCCCCAAAUUCCUGAAGACAGCGGAGCUGAAUACUUUGGCGACCUGGGGGCCGAAACUGCCACCAAUGAAGGCACCCAAACUUCUGCCGAUGGCACCCAAGCCGAUGUCGAUGGCGGCACCGACAUUGCUGCCAAAACUCCUGAGGAAAACUUACUGGAAGGGACAGAGAUGAGUAAAAGCCAGGAUGAACCUCCUCAGGAACUUGAGAACCAGUUUAUAUUGCGUCUCCCACUGGAACAUGCAUUUACUGUCAGGAAGAUGGUACAUUCUGGAAGUGUUGCCAUGAAGGAUAAACUAAAAAUUGACUUAUCUUCUGAUGGACGUCAUGCAGUUGUUGAUGUAGAAGAUGUCUCACUAACUGCUAAGCUGGUUGAUUUGCCUUGCAUUAUUGGAAGCCUGAAAACUCUUGAUAAAAAAACUUUUUAUAAGACAGCAGAUAUUUCUCAGAUGCUUGUGUGCACUGCUGAUGAUGAUCUCCACUCUUCUCCAGAAGAAUCAGUUACCUCUACUGACCUUAACGCAGUCAUGAAAAAUGAAAAAGAGAGAGAGCAAAAAUAUGUCUGGAAGCAUGGCAUUACUCCACCACUUAAGAAUGUCAGAAAGAAAAGGUUCCGCAAAACAACAAAAAAGCUCACUGAUUUCAAACAAAUUGAAGAAAUCAGCUUUCCUGAAUACACUGAAUCUCCUGAUGUGGAAAAGGAAGUGAAAAGACUACUGUGUUCAGAUGCUGAAGCUCUCAGUGUUCGAUGGGAAGUCAUUGCUGAAGAUGAAACCAAAGAAAUAGAAAGUCAAGGCUCUAUCCCAGGCUUUGCAAUGUCCCCAGGAAUAAGUGGCUAUAAGCAGGGUCAUUUCUCAUCAGAAUAUGGUAUGUUUCGGGAGAUGUUCAGUGAUUCUAGUAGCAACAGUGAUGAUGAGGAUGAGGAAGAGGAUGAGGAUGAUGAAGAGGAUGAAGAAGAUGAAGAAGAUGACUACGAUGAGGAUGAAGUUGAGAAAGAUUAUUAUGAAGAGGAUCUAGAAAGGGAGCUACAGGCCAAGUUCUUUGCAUCUGGCCAGUAUGAGGCAAAGGAAGGAGCCAGUUCAGCAGUCAUGGAUAUUCAGAAGCAGAUUCAUUACAUGGAGAAAAAGCUCCAAGAGAUUCAAUGCAAAGCACAAAGACAGAGGGAUCUCUUAAAGAAAGUGGAAAACCUGACACUCAAGAGUCAUUUACAGUCUGUGCUGGAGCAGCUUAAGUUACAGGAAAAAGAAAAAAAUGAGCAGCUCAUUUUCCUCCGGGAACAAUUGAAAUCUAUUUUGGAGAAGUAA